GAGGGGGGGUUAUAUUCAUGUUCUGGGCCUUUAACUGUUUUGCAUCCGGAGCAGGUUCUCCAGCAGACACCAGCUUUACUCCGACUAAAAAUAUAUCUUCCACGAGUUUAUUACCACAGAGAUACCAGGCAGACGGGUGCUGCUGUCUCGUGGUUCACCAUGGCCCAGAACCAGGUGAUCUUGCAGUUCCGCUUUGCCACAUUUGGGGACUCCAUGCUGCAGAAGAUGAACCUCCUCCGUCACCAGAAACGCUUUUGUGAUGUCACCGUGCGCAUCAACCAGCUGGAGGUUCCCGGUCACAAGGUGGUGUUUGCUGCCGGCUCGUCUUUCCUGAGGGACCAGUUCAUUCUUCAGCAAGACUCAAAGGAGGUCCAGAUCUCCAUGAUGCAAGAGGCAGAGGUUGGCCAGCAGCUGUUGCUGUCCUGCUACACGGGUCAGCUGGAGUUCCCUGAGCUGGAGCUGGUGCAUUACCUCACAGUGGCCAGCUUCCUCCAAAUGGGCCACAUUGUGGAGCAGUGCACUCAAGCCCUCAGCAAGUUUAUCAAACCUCAAACAUCACGGCAGCUGGAGGUGGACGUGGACAUGCGGAGGGAGAAGAGGGACGAGGGCUUAUCCUCUCAGGCAAAGAGAGAUCACGAGACGUCUCAGGUUCACAUCAUUCCUGAAGGAGAGGAGGAGGAUGAGGAGGAAGUGGUGCUGGGCCAGGUUGAAGAAGACAAUAAUGGUGACAGUGAUGAYGACGACGAUGAUGACGAUGAUGUAAUAAUACAGCCUGAAAGCCCUGUCCAGAUUUUGAGGAGGCAUCCAAAGCAGAGUACGGGGAAAGGUGACAUCACCAUAGUGAAAGUGGAGUCUGUGUCUGAAGUGGUAGACAACUCCAUCACCGGUCACUUCUCUGCCAGCCCUCCUGCCGCGCUCCACUCCCCCGAGCCCCAACACUCCCUCAUCAAUUCCACCGUCGACAGCCGCGGCAGCGAGUUGGCGGUUCCUCCCGGCGUGGGUGGAUACCCCCUCAGCCCCCCACCCCAGUCCCCCCCUGCAGAGAAAUACAGCGGACACCAGAGGAACUACGACAAACCCUUGCAGUGGUAUCACCAGUGCCCCAAGUGUGCCCGAGUCUUCCGCCAGCUGGAGAACUACGCCAACCACCUCAAGAUGCACAAACUCUUCAUGUGCCUCCUCUGCGGCAAAACCUUCACUCAGAAGGGCAACCUGCACCGACACAUGCGGGUGCACGCCGGCAUCAAGCCGUUCCAGUGUAAAAUCUGCGGUAAGACUUUUACCCAGAAGUGCUCCUUGCUGGACCACCUGAACUUGCACAGCGGAGACAAGCCUCACCGAUGUAACUACUGCGACAUGGUGUUCGCUCACAAGCCUGUACUACGCAAACACCUCAAACAGAUCCACGGCAAGAACAGCUUCGACAACGCAAACGAAGGCAGCCUGCAYGAGGGGGCGCUUGAGUUUGACUUUGGACAAAUAUUAAAACCCUGAACUUUUUCUGUAGUGUGUUAGAUGAUGUUCAUCAGUUAMGGUCAGAAGUUUACAUCCACUCACAGGAGAUGAUUGGAGCUUCUACUAAUUCAUAUGAACCAUUCUUUUUCCAGGAUGGAUUCAUAAUACAGAACACAACUUCAGCCAUUCUUAAAAGCAAGAAUUGUGUGCACAUGUUUAUAUUUACUAAUUUUAUUUAAUUCAUAUGUCCAAAAUUACACGCUCAACUAUAUACAAACACUCCUACAAAUACUCWGUUGAACAUUUUUACACAAGUUGCAUUAUGACCCAUUAUUUUGUAAACAUCUGACUUAAUUCUGUUUUGAAUUGGACCACUCUCUCUGGCAAAAUGAAWAGAGUUUAAUGAAAUUGUUUGGUUUUUAAAACAAAGUCCACUAUAAAUAUAUACAAAUAUAAAUUUACUUACAUAUUUAAUAGGUGGUUAUGAAGAUUCUUGAAUGAUCAGGACCUAUAAACCUCUCUUUAGUGAUCAUGAUUGACUGCAGACUACUUCUCUUUUUGGACUGACCAAUACUCAUCUGUUAAUUUUAGAUGAAAAUAAAUUUGUUCAGGUGAUUAGGGAAAAAACCUUGUCCUACCUGUUAAUUCAAGCAGUUAAUGAGUUGUGUAUGGAUUUUUAUGCUUGUUAAAAAAUUACAUAUUUGAUUGGUUGAACAUUUUAUUCAGCAGUGAUUGCCUGUCUAUCAAAAGAAUGACCUCCAUCUCACUUUUCAAGUCAACUCUAUUUUGAAACAAAACUACAAGAGCUAGCAUGUUAGCAGGUGAAACAUAAACAGCCUACUGCAGGCUCAGUAUAGAGCCUAAUAAUUAGAGCUGUGUAAUUUCUUAUUUCCUGUUUUCAGUGCUUAGGCCAAGUGUGCCAUUAAACAGUUUAAUAAUAUAUUUGUAGCAGCUUUUAUAUUUAUAAUAUUAAUGUAUAAAAAAUGAUGGUCACCCACCUUACUAACAAUAGUCCAUACGUUGUCUCCCUGCCUUCUGUAACAUGACGGCUCUGCUUGCAGGCUGCAGUCGGGAGAAAGUGUAUCUUGUACAGGACACUUCAAUUAAAAUAUGGACAUUCUGGUUAAUACGGGACAGUUAGCACCUAUCUCAGCUUUGAAGGCAGCGGGUGUUGAUCUAAUCUGCUCAGAUUCAACCAUCGAUAUUUAGUAUUAACGUUUACUUACAAUGUUACCAUUUGAGCUAGUGUUAUACUCUCUGGCUCUUUAACAGUGGAGGCUGCCAGCUAGCAGCUGCAGGCUAAAUAACAGUGAACGAACCACUGGCAUGAAAUUUACAUUUUAAGUUUUAAUGAAAAAUUGAUACAGUAUUUGGAAGUGAAAUAUUGCAAUAUUUCAGAGUAUCAUUAUUUUCUUACACCCCUACUAAUAGCCCAGUUAAUGAAUUCACAUCGACUUGUCAGUUUCUCAGAAAGGCUUCACAAUAUAUUGCUAAUUCACCAAGAAAACAAAAAUAGUAUUGCUAAAUGUUAAGUAUGCAACCAGAUUUGAGCCAGAAGCUUUUUGAUGGAUACAGAAAGUGUGUGRUGCAACUUGCUAAGAAACAUUUCACUAAAUAUUUGUGAGGAUGUGGCUGUAUUAGAGCCUGUGUGGAUGAUUGAAUAAUAUUUUUCAAAUAAAAAAUGAUUUAAAAUGUGUUGGAUCAUUCAAACCUAAUAAAAGAGCAGCUCAGAUCUCAUUAAAAGCCUUUAACUAUUACGACACUAAUGCCCAUGAUUGGUGUAUGUAAACUUCUGAUCACAUCUGUAUCAAAUGAUUAGAUUAUUAAAAUAUUAGCUGACAGACUCCUCCUGUUGGCUUUAAAUAGAGGAAACAAACAAAGUUCUCCAGAUCUGCAUUUCACUGUAGCUUCAUUUCUGUGGACUGUUGUGUUUGUGUAACAUAGAUGCCUUCAUCUCAUACUUGAACAUUUAACACUGAGACAGUAAAAGAGAUUGACUGAAUAUCUUUAGAUUUAUUAAUGAAUUAUACUGGCUCUGUGUGUUCAGUCUAACAAUAAAAAAAAAACAGUAAAAUGUAAAGUAUCUUUUUGUAUUAGAAUAUCUACUGUAGCCUCUUUUAUACCCAUGUAGAUGUGACAACAGGAUCUUCUUAAGCAAAAUACACUUGAAAAAAAAUGGGUAAAACAUGUUGGCCUGAAGGCAUUUUAAUGUUGGGUCAAAAAGAAACAUUUGUUUUAUACUGACUUUAAAUCRAAGGUACAAACGGACCAAAUAACUGUUUCUGUCCUGUGUUGAUGAAAUGCAUUAUGCUCAAUGAAAUUAAAAAAUAUGAAUUAUUA